AUCCUCCAUUAAAAAGAAAGACGGAAAGCCAUCGUCGUUAGCUUGACAGCUGACUUCGACUGUAGUGUUGUGUUAGCUGUGGAUAACCUUAAUUUAUACACCAAGAAGUACAGACAAGAUGUCCCCCUUACUAUAUACUGGCUAAGAUGUUAAUAACGUUGUGCUACGUCUACAUGUGGGUGCGCUUUCACAAGUGCUACUCGGUCCUGAUCCGCAACAGUCUGUCCAGACUUAAUAGCAGCAGCUUCAGUUUCAGCUUCAGCGUCUGCUCCAGCUCGGACUCAGCAGCAGCCACAGCACCGCGAAGUGGACACCAGACAGUCUUACGUCGGUCUUCCAGCACGCUUGCAUCCGAAGACAUUGUAUUCCUUCAGCUGGGGGACAAGGCCGUCUACGUCACGGAGCCUAAGGUAUGUGAUGACCUCAGCAAAUGGACUGUGCUGUUCGGGUCCUCUCUGGUUUGUGGGCCACAAAUAGAGAAUAUUUCAUUCAUCAUAGAAGCUGCAGGACACAGAGUGGGCUACCAUUCUCGUCACACAUCGAAUAAGAAAGUGCUGAAGUGGUCUGACUACUGUCUUCCUCUGGCCCGUAGUCCUGGCCAGCCAUUCAGGGCAGUGGCUCAGGCUACUGUAGAUAACUUCAGUCGGCUGGGAGUUGCUUUUAUUGAAGAUCGCCUUCAGCUAGACAAUGGACUUAUGCCUUCAAAGAUAGUCCCUGUUGUCCUCCAAGAAUCUACUCUCAGUGAGCUUUUGGAGAAGCAGUGUCCACAAAGCCCAAAGAUUGUACCAUCACUAUGGUUCUGCUGCACCCAAACUGAAAAGUGUGUCACUGAGCCUUUAUAUCGUAACCUGGUAACCGGCCACCAGCAUCCACAGUGCCGUAAAGGCAGUCUUCUUCUCAACCCAGAGGCAAGGAGAAGGAUUGAGGAAAGACGAGGAUCAGAGCCACUCCACAGCACCCAGGAUCUGGGACCUGUUGGUGAUUCGGAAGACCACUCCUUGGGGAAUCACCACCACAUGGAGGGCCAUGGACACCACCUCCAUCUGUCCAGCUGCCAUGAAUGCUUGGAGAUGGAGAACAGCACCAUCCUCUCUGUCCAGUAUGCUUCAGCUGAGAACAUUCCAGACCUUCCUGAUGAUAACUCAUUAGAGCUAGAUAGUGGGGGUGAGACUCUGGAUGAAUUUGAGCAUGACACUGAAGGAUUAUUUGGUCAAAGUGGUGGACUUCACUGUAAUAGCAAACCACCAAAUGUUCUGGUGUACACGGGUGGUUGCCAGGAGCGUUUUCAAGCAAUUCGUCAGCUCUUAUCAGAGUGUAUAAACAUAGAAAACUACAUAAUAUAUCCCCUCCAACCACAGCAGGCUCUGAGUGAUCCAUGGCUGGACAACACCAAGCUCCUGGUACUGGCAGAGGAGGAAACCCUGACCCCUCAGCUUCAGACCCGCUUUCUCACCUACCUGAGCCAGGGUGGCAAGGUCCUGGGGCUAGCUUCCACUCUGUGCCCUGCAGGCCUUUGUUUGGAAGGCAGGGAGGGGCAAAGAAGGCAUGUCAGAAAGCUGAGCUUCACAAAGGAAGACAGCACAGAGCUGGAACUGAGCGUGAUGGCAAGUGGGAAGGUCUACAUCAGGGAUACUCAGGGAGGAGGGGAAGUGGAACUCUGGGGGGAGCUGAAAGGGGAUGUCCCUCAUCAGAAAGAUAUGGUUAUCGUAAGGGUAACCCACGGAGGGGACAAUGGGGAGGCUGUCCUCUGUCAGGUCCACCUGGAAAUUGCACCUGAGAAUUUGACAUCAGAAGGUUUUGAUGAACUCAAAGUCAGCAAUACGCUGCGGUAUGAAGUUUUGACAGAGAUCCUUGUCUCUCUGGGCCUCAGCUGUGAACUAAAACAUAUUCCAUCCCCAAGUCCAGUCUACUUGCUGGCCACUUCUCUGAAAGCCAAGGCCAGCUUCCUGAAGUGGCUGGAGACACAAGUAGAUCAAAAUGGCCUCCUCUCAUUGUCCAAGCCCUCCCUCAGGAUGGUGUCCUUCUCUGAGCUCCAGGAUGGUCCUUUGCUGCCUGACGGCUCUCUGGCCCUGGUCACUGACUCUUCAGAGUCUCAGAGCUCGGCGCAGUUCAGUAUGGAGACCUACAGCAAGAACCUGAAAACCAGCCUACUGGGGCAUACCCUGCUGUACGCAGAGAUCGUCACAUCUACCAUGGAUCUGUUAGAAGGGCUGACUCUGCACUUACCAAACGAUGUGGGUUUAAUAGCAGUAGCUGGUCGACAAAGCCAGGGAAGAGGUCGGGGCAGGAACGCCUGGCUCAGCCCUCUUGGUUGUGCCAUGUUCACUCUGAGGGUCCAGGUUGAGUUGAGCUCCAGACUUGGGCAGAGGAUUCCAUUCGUUCAGCAUCUGGCUGCUUUGGCAGUAGUGGAGGCUGUUCGCACUCUCCCUGGAUACCAGGACAUAGACCUGAGAGUGAAGUGGCCCAAUGACAUCUACUACAGUAACCUGAUGAAGCUCGGGGGUGUACUGGUGACUUCCACUGUAAUAGGAUCAACCUUUUAUCUGCUCAUAGGCUGUGGGUUCAAUGUGACAAACAGCAACCCAACAGUAUGUAUCAACGACCUGAUCCAGCAGUACAACAUACGGCAUAACUGCAGUCUGCGGCCACUCAGCUGUGCUGAGCUAAUCGCUCGCACUGUCAGCUGUCUGGACGCCCUCAUCAGCAGUUUCCAACAAGGAGGACCAGAUGCCGUCCUGCCCACCUACUAUAAGAGAUGGCUUCACAGUGGGACCCAGGUGCAUCUAUGGACUGAGGAUGGACCGGAGACUGAGGUGGUAGGUCUGGACCACAACGGUUUCCUUCAAGUGUACAGCAAGGAGCAUGGCGUGGUGUCGGUGGAACCUGAUGGAAACUCCUUUGACAUGCUGAAAAACUUGGUGGUCAUCAAGCCACGUUAGGACCAAACUCAAUGAACUACAGUAUCAUAAUUUCUUUCAAUACAUUGAACCAAGAGUUAUUUAGUCUGUCAGAAAAUUGUAUAGCUACACAAAUGUAUCCAGGUUUUCAAAUUGAUUAAAUUGACUAAAUAUGUUAUUGGGUACUAGUUUAGAGUGGGUUUUUGGUUAGUUUCUCCUUAUAUUAACCUGACAUACAUUUUAUUGAGGUAAUUUGUUGGAAGACAUACUUAAUUGAAAACUGGGUUUAAAGGCAGCUAAAUAAAGUGAUAUCUGCAUCAGUGAUGGGUCUCUAGCGCAUAUCAGUAUAAUUAUGACCUGCUGGUUAGGUAGGAACUUGUACUACUAUCUGGAAAAAAACAAAUCUUGUAACCAUCAUCUGAACAUCUAACCUGGUUUCGCUGUUGAGAAAAGUGAUAAUUACAGCUUUUGCUGUUGCUAAGCAAAGAGAUCACCACAGAAAUAUAUGGCAUAUGUCUUUAAACUAACAAGCUUUUUUACCUGAUCACAGUAGUCUACAGAAUUCUGACUAUCAAGGAAAAAAAAUGACCUUAUGUCAAAAGGACUCUUGACUUACAGAGUGUCCUGAAAUUUCUGUGGAUAAUGACGUGCUAAAAGUCUAGAAAAGCAGAAAAACAGUUGUCAGUCCAAAUGGGUAAAAAGAAAUAACUUGUGGAGGCAGUGUCUUAUAUCAUUAAGACACUUGAACAGUGUUUUGCACACUUAAUAUAAUGCAGCAUAGGUUUGCGACCCCUUCCACCCCCACCCCCACCCUGCCCAUCAUGCAUGCAUUUGUCACACAAUUAAAUAUACAUGUCAUUGUAAUUUAUUAAACGUUCAGAAUAAGAACUAAAUUAACAACACAGCCUCCAUGACUAACUGUCAAAUUACCUGUUUCUGACUUAAUACAAAGAUCAGCUUUUGCCAAACACAAAUUAGACACACCUGGCUGCUACGUACAGCUGCCAUUCUGGCCGGUUGGCCAAGCUUAUGUAAGUUUCAAUCCCCAGUGUAUUGGAAGGAUUGGUGUCACAGGACUGGGAUCCACCAAUCAACAAGCAGGACACAUGCAAGGGAGGCAGAAUUUGAGGUGAGGGGGUGACCACACCUUCCCAGCUAGAGCCAAUCAUGCACUGGGGGUUGCACAUCUGAUUUAGCAUACAAAAACUACAAGAAGGCGUUAAACUCACUGGACAAGCCAGCGGCUGAAAUAGAUUUUACUAAUUGCGUUAAUUGGCUACUGUAUAAGUCCACUAUUUGAUAGUUUCCCUCGCAUCUUCACUCUGGUGGGGAGACCAGAGGUCAACCAAUCCCCAACCACCUCCUCAUCUCUCACCACAUCUGUGAGAUUUUCCCAGCAAGCAAAAUUGUGAUGCGCACAAACUGGUAGGGCGCCCACUCCAACCCACAUCGUGAAAUGAUAUCAUUUAGAGGACGUGAAAAUAGAGAGCCCGUGCCACCUCCAACAACUAUGCUCUCCUUAUAUACCUAAAUCUGCCAGUACACACAUAGAAGCCAAGUGUCUUUUUAAAUCCUAAACUUUGGACACUAUAAUAUAAAACCUGAGAAUUAACACUUUGCUUUACUAUACCAUUGUUUUACUUCAAAUUAAAUGUGUGUGUUUGGGGGAAGGUGUUAAGUUCUUUAGUCUAGGACCCCAAAGCAGAGACGCACACACACUGGUGAGUGGGAACUGAAGUUUCUUUAAAUUACAAAACGGACCAAAACCAGAACAAAAGGCAGAUGGGUGGCAGGGAGCUGGUUGGCAGGAGGAAGUCUUCAGCAAUGGAGCACAGGAGAAUCUAGCCGCAGGUAACGCUGGGUAAACUGCAUGCAGAGAGAGAGCAUGGAAUAUUCUGGCAGCGAGCAGGAGUGAAGGCCAGGCUUAUGAGGUAGAGGGAAAUAGACUGAGUGAAUUCAGGUGUGCCUCUGCUGCCAACAGGAGGAGCCAGCCACACCCCCUGCCACACACACGUCAUAAAAAUAGAAUAAUAACAAGAUCCAUCCACCCCAGAGCGACAUCUUGCCUAGGGAGACAGAAUGUCCAGAAAUGGACAUUAUGUGGCUAUAGUAACCAGUGACAAUAUAAUGUAAACAUGAGCUGGUUAAUAUCACACUAGCAUUUUCCUCUUCUCACUUGUGUAGUUGGUUAAGUAUAAUAUCAUAGAUAACCAUUCAAAUCAGACCACACAGUGACACUGCUGAAAUUCAGUUUUUUGUUGGUGUUUAUGUCAACCUGCAGCAGUAAACAGAUCACUUGCCCUUUGAAAACUAGGUCUGUAGUUGCUAUAACCGGAACAUACAUCCAUUCUGUGUGUGGAUCUCCAAUAACCUAGCCAUAAACAUACAUUACAACAAAGCUUGAUGAAUACAUUGAACCAAGUUAAUCAGUCCUGUGUUUAGCAGUGCUACGUUAUGUUAUGUUAUCCUGGAGGAAUACAGGCUGCUCUGAGCAGGCCUGCAGAGAGGGGCCAAGAGCCAAGCUGCUAGGGCAGCUGUGACUCAGGAGGCAGAGCAGGUCAACCACUAAUCGUAAGGUCAGUAGUUUGAUCCCUGGCCCCUCCAGACCAUGUUCUGAAUUAUCCCAAGUUGCCCCCCGAUGUAGCAUCAGGGUAUGUGUGUGUGUGUCUGUGUGUUAGAGCGUUGUGUAUGAAUGUGUGUGUGAAUCGGCGAAUGUGACUUGUUGGUUCAAGUUGGUUUAAGGUAGUCAACCUGAUCUGGUUUCCUGGUAUGAUAAUUUUGUGAUUGUAUUUAUUAAGAAUUGGAUCAAAGGGUUAAGAACAAAUGAAAAAAAUCACUCAUAAAUCAUUUUUAAAAAUCACGUAAACCCUACUGGGAUCAGGAUUUAGAUGUUGUGGAAUAACUUAAGAGAGGCUGUACCUUCUGGCCCCUUUCCUGUUGUCUGUGGAUUCUCACAUUCCUCUGCUUGGACUGACUAGUUAUGUCUGUAAGUUUUGUAUUUAGUUUCAUUUAUCAUUAAAAUCAAUUAUAUAAUCUGAACUGCACUGUAUGCCUGCUUUUCUGCAUUUGGGUGCUUUCUUGUUGCCCUGUGCACACCCAUGACAUAAUAAUUACUUUAACUGGGAACUUUUGAAAUAAUUUAUUUGUUUAAAAAUGGAGAGAGAAAUUGUAAUGAAUGAUGGAAUUAGCAAUUGUCAUUAUUUACUCCCUAUAUACUUAUAGUGGCAUUAGCCUCAUCAGCACUGUGAAAAAAUUGUAUUCAUCACUCCUAAUGCAGAGACUGGUAGAUGAGCAAAGUAUGAGUAUGUAUCAAUCACAUAUACUGAAAGUAAGUUUUAAAGCAGUAAAUGCAGACUUCAGGGUGGAUAGGAUGUUAUAAUGUCAUUAAAUAUUUUUAUUGAGUGCC